AUGUCUCUGUCGCGCCCCGCGGGGCCUGCGGGGCCUGCCUGGCCUGUCUCCUCAGAACCGCCUCCUGAGGACCCCUCUGCGGCGUCCCCCAGCAGCAAGCGGCGGCGUCUGAAGGAACCUGCCGGCGUCUGUGAGGCGGGAUGGCCGCUGCUUGUGGUGCCUCGCUUGUCUGAGGUAGAAAAAGUCUGGGAGUGGUCGCUCAGGCCCUUCACAGCGUUCCUCAUUCCAAAGAACCCGGGGAGCUCAGGCGGUGGGAGGCAGCGGUGUGACCUGGGAUGUCAGGACAGGACAUUCCAGACGCAGAGCUGUUGGCAGUCUGGAAUCUCAGGAAGAGCAGGUUGUUCGAGGGUUCCAAGAAGGUCUUGUGAAGCAGGACUGCAGGACAGGGAGGCUCAGGGUGUGCGCCUUGGUGACCAAGCAGAAGUGAGUCAUGCUCCACCCAAUACCCCCAUGCCCUAUGUCCAAGGAGUCAAAAAGGAGCCUGAAGAACUUCCUAAGAAGGAAACUAUUCUGAAAGAAAAGAAUUCUAUGAGACAGCCGGGAAAACCAUUUCUCUAUGUACCAUUUUCUGAGGAAACUAAGUCAGCAUUACAUGAAAUUAAGGACAGAUGUAAAGUUGACAGUGUUAUAACCCCAGAGAAAAAAGAAAACGUUUCAUCAUCUACACUAAAAAUAUCAAAAUUUCAAAACCAGGCCUGCUUGGAAAGUGCCAAACCCAGCUAUUUUAGAGAUAGCAUCACAAAAAAUCUCCCCGAGUUUUCAAGGGAUUUAAAUAGCAACAUGUCCUUUGUCUAUUUAAAGGAAAUAGCAAAGAAAAAGAAUGACAAAAUUGUGGCAUAUGUUAGGGAUUUCACAAACAUUUUCUUGUCCCAAAAUAGACCUGAUGCUAAGAAACAAAAGUUACAGGAGGAUAAAAAAAAAGUACAUGUGGAAAAUGAUUUUUCUGACUAUUCUGAAAGUAACUACCAGUCACUCACCAUUGAAGGGAAAAUAGACUUGAUCAGUUUAAACUACUAUCAGCACAGUAGUAUCGAGUGUGAUGUAAGAGACUCUAAAAAGAAUUUCACUCUAACACUAGAAGAUGCAGAUUGGAAGGGAACAGAAAGGAAUCAAGACUAUUAUAUACCUACCAGACAAGAAGAAUCUCAAAGCUUGGACUAUAACAGAUCUAUUUUGAAAAGAAAAAAGCAAAAUUGUCAGAGAAUGAAAAAAAAUAGGAUUAUUUGUGAGAAUAAUAUCAUUCAGAAAACCAAUAUAGUUACUUUGCUCUAUAAUUUUGAUUCUUUCAUAAGAAAUGAAGAUGAUGGGGAAUCAGAAGAGGUAUGCAUUUUCAAAUAUAUAGUGAAUUUGAAUUAUUUGAAAAAUACUAUAAAGGAAAGACAUACUGUAUAUCUAACAAAGAUGUUAACUUCUUCAAGACUGUUAGGACAUAAUACAAAAUCUACAGCAAAGGAAAGGAAGCUAUUUAAAAUGGAACAUGUUCUUGAACGGGCUAAGAAACAAAUAAUCAAUUCUCUUACUAUGACAACUAAAAGUUUUCUAAUUUACAAACUAUGUGAAAAUGUUCCCCUUUUAAUAGAUUUUGAUAACAUGGAAAAACUUUCUCUGACAAAAAAACCUAGUUAUGAGAAUUCACGUUGUGCUGAACAGCUCCUAAAUAUGGAAAAUUUGGCUUAUUAUAGUUUUGGUAUUGGCAACACACAUGUGAUGUCUGAUCCUCUAUUUAUACAGAAUAACUAUGGACAUAUUAAUGAAAAAUUUUAUGAAAGUAGUAUGUACAAUCAAGACUUAGAUACUGAAAGGUUGUACACAUUGUUAAGCCACAAUACAUCACACAGUGACCAGAUUAAUGCUAUGGCGAUAACUCUGAAUCUCAGCUUGGAGAAUUUGUUAGGUGAAAUAGAAGAGAAAAUAUAUGAUUUUGUUUUGAAGAAAGAAAUGAAGGUCACAAAAAGUUCAAGAAGUUGCCAAGCUCAUAAAUCUGUUGACACAGAGAAGGAAGAGGAUAGUUUUCCCCCAAUGGAUAGAAUGUCUUCAGUGCAGUCAGCUUCACUAGAGAGCAAGAGCGUGAACAUGGAAAAAUCUAAAUCUGUUAAUCAAAAUAAUGGAACUAGCAUAAAAGAGGAUGGAGGUAUUUUGCAAGAAAGUGAGUUAGCUAAUUCAAAGCAUUUUCAUCCAAAGAAUGACUCUGCAUUGUAUGCUAAUCAUCAAUUUGAAAUUGAUUCAAGUGGGGAGAACAAUGGAUGUUUUCAGGGCUUAACUACUAAAUGUUUAACAACAGAAACUCUGCCAAUAGCAAAAGAGUUUGAGAUGAAGAGCAAAUUUGAUUUAGUACUUGAAGAACUUCGUAUGUUUCAUGAAAUUAGUAAGGAAAAUGAAAUUCCAAGCACCAUGGAAACAAACAGUAGGAAAGAAAAUUACUUUGGAGAAAGAAAUGAUGUUAAGGAGGCAAGAAUGGAGAUAGGAAAAAAACUGGAAAUGGUUGAAACCAACACAAGAGAUUCACCUUUUUUGCCCUGUGAUGUGAAAACAGGCCUCAACAAACAAAAAGGGCACCAAAGUUUAUUUAAUUGGAAAACAAUACCCACUCAAGGAGGACAGGCAAUUCACAAUGAGUGUUGGCUGAAAUCAGAAGAAGAAUUACUCCACUCUACUCCUGAGGAAGAUGAUAAGAAACCUUUACCUAAAAGCUCUACUUUUUCUCCUGAUGAAGGUGAAAAAGAAACUUUAUUGAAGGGAGGCAGACAUUUUUCACUUGGGAUUUCCAGAGUACAGCCUCUUAAGACAUGCAGCCGUCCGAUUAGGGUUGGCUUGUCAAGAAGAGCUAGGCUGAAACAGCUUCAUCCUUAUCUGAAAUGA